GCACCUGCCAUAUAUGUUGCGAGGCCACCACUGGUAGAUCGAGAAGAUUAAGAUUCUUGAAUUUCUCAUACAUUAUUCUGAGACCAUCAUUAUCAAUGGAGGGUCUCGAUUUGGUUCUGAAUAAGCUUGAAGCCUUCACGGCUGCCGACUUCGAAGGCUACAAUGCCGAGAGGUUGCAAAUGUUGGCGAUUGCUCGCAAACUAGUCAGCCGCCUACAGUCCAACGGAGAAAAGGCUUAUGAGAUCGCGUACCAACAGUCGCUUGUAGAUGCAGCGCUGAGGGUUUGUAUCGACAUUGGCCUUUGGCAUGGAUGGACUGCAGCUGGCGGAGGAGAAAAGCCUGUCAAGGAGUUGGUGGGACUAACUACGAAAGCUUGCGAGCUAAACCUCCUUCGUCGCCUGCUCCGGCUUUUGGGGGCUGCAAAUAUCAUCGAAGAAACAGGGGAAGAUCGGUACAAACCAACUCAGUUCUCACUUUCAAUCGGUGAUGAUUCUACUUGCAUGGCACAAGCAAUCAUUUCGAAGACUGACCAUUGGGAUAUGUCCCAUCUGAAUCUGCCGUCGUUUCUGGCCAAGACAUCGUAUCGGGAACCUAAGGAUGCGAAGAACACAAGUUACAUCGACGCAAACCCAGAAAGGCUACCCAUCUUCGACAGAUUCCUGACCAACAAGAGUUACCGAGAUAGCCUUAGAGGUUUCUUAUAUGAGUACUCGAAGUAUAGGGUUCCGUGGACAGAAUUCUAUGAUACGGCGUCUCUCAUCGAAGGAGCGGACCUAUCCUCUGGCCCGCUUGUUGUCGAUGUCGGAGGUCUCCACGGCGCGGAUCUCCUUAAAGUUUUGGACAAGCACCCAGAUCUGCCGACUGGUGCUCUAGUUCUCCAGGAUCUAGCCGGCGCCAUCUCAGGCGUCACUCUUAAUACGGAGAAGAUAAAGCUUAUGGAAUACAACUUCUUUAAGCCUGAGCCGCUCCAUGGAAGUCGCGCGUACUUCUUACACAUGGUACUCCAUGACUGGCCAGACGCAUUAGCAAUUCAGAUUCUGCAAAACAUCAAGCCGGCAUUGAAAAGGGGAUAUUCUAAGAUUCUUAUAUGUGAGAUCGUAAUGCCGCGUACAGGUGCAAGCAUGUACCAAGCAUCUCUAGAUGUCAGCUUGAUGGCAAAUCUUUCUGCCUAUGAGAGAACCGAAGCUGAAUGGAAGAAGGUGAUAAAUGAGGCGGGAUUAGAGAUGGUAUCGGUCACGAUGGAUCCCCGAGGAUUUGAAGGCGUGAUUGAGGUAGAACUGGCGUAAACGAGCCACUGCAAGAAUCUUUUGACCGGCUUAGACUGUAACGAAUAGGUACCAACCAACUACUCGCGUAGUCAUAUUUUCUGUUAUGAUAAGAAAUUACAUUUUCCUCGGUUCAAAAUGAUUUAAAAACAUUCAACGGUAACGUGAAAGUAAGUGGCCGAGUUAUUGGUGUAGGCUUGUAGAUUCCAAAAACUGCUUGCGAAUUUUUGGUCGAAC